AUGGAGUGUAGGCAGUUCGAGGUCACUCUAAUUUGUGCCAAUAAUCUCCCAGAUGUUCGAGAGCUAGGCAAAAUGAAAGUUUAUGCGCAGGUUUCAGUAAAAGGACAUUCAAAUUCGGUCUGGGUUACCCCUGUGGAUAGGGAAAGAGAGACAAAUCCUUAUUGGAAUUGCAAGAUUAAGUACACUCUCCCUGAGAUAGCUGUGCAGAAGGAUGGUGUUAUUCUUGUUAUCAAAUUGUACUGUGAAAGAUCUUUGUUGCCUGAUAAAUACGUAGGGGAAGUGAACUUGUCAUUGAAGAAACUUUUCGACUGUGGAUUUUCACAAGAAAACCUGGAAUAUGAUGUGGAUAGGAAUGAUGCUGAUGGUAUAUUUGGCAAACUGAAACUUUCAUAUGAUUUCGCAAAAACGAAGAUUACAGUUUCUAAGAGUGAAUCUAGUCUUCGGGGGCAAGUACUAGAAGCAGUUGGCCAUGGAGUUUUACAUGCAGUUAUCCAUGGAGCUAUACAUAUCAUUUUGCAUUGA